UGCUUGGUAGCACUUUUGCGCGCUACGUUUGUGUGGAUUUGUGUGCGUGACUGCGUACACAACCUAAACAACCCUGUUAAACGGAUUACUAGUUUUCUGAGAUGUGAGACAGUCAUGUCUACAAACGGUUUGGUCACAGCUUUGGCCGUUCACCAGUCACCACAUUCACUGAGCUGAGAAAUGAAGAGCAGAAAACAGAGGACGGUCAAAACUGGAAGCAGCAAAAGGAAAGCAGCCCCCAGUGAUGUUUCUCCAUCAACCAGCCUCCCUCCUCUUGUAGAGGGCCAACUGAGAUGCUUCCUGCGUGUGACAGUAAGCCGGGUGUUAUGGACAGUUCACAAACCUCCUUCAGCCACCUUUGUCAGACUGCGCUGGUGGGGGGAGUCAUCCAACGGGACACACUUCUUUCCAAGAGAUGGAUCGCAGACAUCACAGAAAACCAUCAAGACCACAGCACGAUUCCCUAUCCGCUGUGGUCCAAAGCAGUUCACCUCAUAUCUUACAGAUAUGGGGUCUUUGGUGCUGGAAAUUCUCACAAAACCGGACCAUUUGCCAAUUGCACGGGCUCAGGUUGCUGGCAUCCCCCGUCUCUCUCUGUCACACCCAAUAAGUGGAUUUUACACCCUUGUAUCACCAACAUCUGAGAAACUGGGGGAGUUACAGGUCUCCCUGUAUUUGGAGCCUCUGGCCGAAGCCUAUGACAGCAGCAGCUCAGGCCCCACCACAGACCUCAGGGUUGAAGGACAACUCGCCUCAUUAACUGUGCCAUCACAGCCCAAAUCAGUCUCAGCUGGAAGUGGAAGAGAGUCAGCGGGGAGCAGUGGUGGAAACACGCCAAGAGGGAAAGAUCACUUAUAUUUCCAAAAUAAGGAUAAUGAAGAGUUUCUUGAGAACCAGAUGCCGGGUACAAAUAGAUCUCAGAAUGGUCAAACAGCAGUGAAUCUUCUAAAUGAGGAGCCUGGUCAUGGACAAGCAACUAAUGACCUUAUCUCAGUCAUUUUGGAGCGUGGUAACAAACUCAGAAAUGCUAUGGUAAAAUCAGCUGUGAAAUGUGACAUGAAUUCUGGCCCGACUCUGAAAGACACUCCUCUGCCCCUACCAAAGGACAACGUUCUACCACCUACCAACAGGCCCUUAUCUUCACACUCUGGUAGGUUUCUUGAAAAUAUCCUGCAUGCUGAUUCAAGCCGCAAACCUUCUGAUGAUGUGGCUGUUGUCUCGGACUGUGGCUUUGACAGCUCUGUGGACAUGGACAACAGAGCAGUGGAUCUGCUCCUUGGCAGCAUAAAUUCAUCCCCUUUACCUGCUUGGGAUGGAGAGGUCUUAUUUCCUGAACCUCUGUCUGGCCAUAGCAGUGUGUGUGGCGAUAGUGAGCUCAAUGACCCACAAUAUGAUCAGAGCUUGCUGGAGAAUUUGUUCUACAAAACUCCUAUGUCAGAUACCAGAACAGAUGACACAGAGUUGAAGGUACAGGAGACAGAGCCUUCAAGAAAAAGUCACCAAAAAAAACAAAUCUUAGGAGCUGGGAAACCUCUGACACAACCUGGACCCAAGAUCAGUGAAGAUCUGGUAUUAGAUGGCGUUUUUCCUCCCGGUCUGACUGCAAAUCAACUGAAUAUGCUGGGUUUGAUCCAACUGGCUAGAGUGUCUAUCGACUCCCUGACUUUACCUUCAGGAAGCAGAAGUACCACACCCAGAAAGGCUUCUGAUAAAGGGAAGCCUCCUCAACCAUUAACCAGCAAGAAAUGCACAUAUUUCAUUGAGUAUGUGUUUCCACGAGCUUCCAUGUCCCAUCAGCGUGAUCGCAGUAAGGCAGCCGGUGAAGAAGUGACCAGAGCUGUUUCCAGUAAAACCACAGUAGACAGUGUGAAGUUCCAACAGCACUCUGAGUUUCCUGUCCACUUAAGUAAAAAAACAGUUAAACAGUGGUGGGAAAGUGAGCUCAUUUUCAAGAUUUAUUCGCGAAAAAAUGACCAAAAGAAGCCAGUUUUUAUUGGCAAGGCAGUUCACCCACUGCGCUGUCUGCUGCAGAGCAAGCAGCUAACUCAGUCUGUUGUGUUGCCGGUGAAUGUGGAAGGUAGCAGUGAAACAAAGGAGAUCGGACCUCUGAAGGUGACGCUAGAACUUGUUGCAACAAAUAAAACCUCUGAAAAAAGCAAAAGCAGGUUGUCUUUGGUAGACGCAUCACCUUCACAUACACAGAAACAGCCCAGCUCCAGUAUUGAUGUUACUGUGGCAGAGUUACCUGUUACGUCUCCUGAGGGUCCUAGGCUAAAUGUUUGGAGUCCUCUGAAGGUCUCAGAAGAGCUGUCCUCUCAACCCAGCCUCCACACAUUUCCUCAUAAAUCUUGGCAGCAGGUGGAGGAGGACCCUGAGGUUUUGCUGCAUGCAUUACUCAUGGUGCCAGAUGGAAGGAACUUUCAAGGUGGGCCUAUGCAAGCUCCAAAUGUGUACUUGAAUUGCAAGCUCUUUUGGUGUGAUGAGACAGCAAGAUCUGCUGUCAGCUGGGGUCAGGCAAACCCUUCUUUUAACUUUGUACAGGUGACCCCUGUGGCCCUAACAACAAAACUACUACAGCGGUUGAAGAACAAUGUUAUGGUGAUUGAGGUGUGGCAGAAGAUGGGAACCUUGGGGGAGGAUCAGCUCAUUGGUCUUGUCAAAUUACCUCUACACCAGUUCUACAUGUCUUUUAGAGAUCAGAAGAUUGCCCACCUUCUCCUGCAAGCACAGUACCCUGUUUUAGGGGUGGACUGCUACAUGCCAGUCAUUGACGUGUUCUCGGGCAGCUGUAACGGAAACCUCAGGGUGAUUUUGGCAAUGGGCCAUUCAGAGCAGAUAGUUGCCUUACAGCGAGCGAGAGAUGAAGAAAGUGACUCCUUGCCUCAUCCAGUGAGACCAUUUCACCUGCUUGAUCACCAGCCACAUUCACAAACAAAGGUGAGCACAGCACAACAGGAACGAAUGAGAGAGCAUCUGUUUGUAAUCAGAGUGGAGAAGGUCAGUGGGCUGACACCACUGCAGUCCACAGUGUGGGGUGAGGCUGACUGUUACAUCCAGUACAGUUUCCCCUAUCAGGAAGGUGACCUCACUGCAAAAAUGGAACAAGACCUUAUAGAGAGCACUGUCGAUCUGAAGCCAUUUCGUACAAUUACCACUCUGUGUGUCCCUGACCCAGUGUUUGGCCACACUGAGACACAUGUAUUAUUGGCCCCUGAAGGAGUGCCUGUCCAGAGGCUGCUUCUCAGCUCUUUUUCAAGUCAGCGCCUCAGCGGUGGUGGUAGUGUCCAGUUUGAAGUGUGGUGCAGAUAUUACUAUCCAAAUGUGCGAGAUCAGCUUGUGGCUAAAGGUGUACUUCCAUUGUCCAAAUUGUGCGCCAUGGUCACCAUGCAAAGACAGCAUCCAAAUGAAGCUCAAACAUUCUCACUGCCACUGGUUCCCCGGACCGACAGUCCCACAGGACAUCAGCCUCAGCCCUCAGGUCUGCUUGAUGUAAGCAUUUGUUACAAACACAGGCCUGUGAGAUCUGAUGGACAGAUGGGGAGAGGUGCUGCGUCUCGAGUUGUAACCCUUGUGAUUAAAAUUCACAGAGCAUCUGGUUUGCAGGCUGCAGCAAGGGUCUUGUCAGAGCAAAAUCAAAAGUUUGCCUACUAUGCUGAGGUGGGAGUAAACAGCUUUGUCACAAUUCAACUGUCCUUCUUGCCUGAGAAUGAGAAGAGAUGUACCCGUGUAGCAGCGAGGACCUUCAGUCCAGAGUUUGACCAUCACACGGAAUUGUGCUGCGAUCUGUUGGUUCAGAGGAGCACUGGGGAGACCUCUAGCCUGGCUGAGCAGCUGGAGCAGGCCUCUGCUAUCUUCACUGUCUGGAAUAAAGAGAGUCGGAAAGCAAUGGAUACUUCCAGACCCAAAGAUGUGCCUUUAGGUACAGCGAAAAUCCCACUGACUGAUCUCAUCCAUAAAAGUACAGGUAUUGCUGGCUGGUUUGGAGUGUAUUCACCACAACAAGCAAGUUCUUCUCAGGAUCACCAAAUCUUGGUUGGAGGUCUUGAGAUAUCAGUCAACUUUGCCCACCACUCAGACAGAGAAAGGGUCAUUAAAGCAGCCCAAGGACUGGGCUGGGAAAGGCAAGAAAAUGAGGACACCUGGGAUGAAAGUGUGAGGGAAAUGUCUCUGACUAUUUCAAUGCCAAGGGUGUGGUUACCUUUGCACUGCCUGCUUCUUGCAGGCCAAAGUGAACUUCAGCGCUCAACCUACUGCUACUUCAGGUACAGGUUCUAUGACCAGGAGGCUUUCUGCUCUCAGAUGAAACACCCUUCUGUUGAGGAAGGACAAGACAACGGCCCCGCCACAGUGAGUUUUGAAGGAAGUCGAACUGUGGAACUGAGGAGCACUCAGCCUUUGCUGUGGUACCUUCGUGAGGAAAGGCUGGAGGUUCAGGUGUGGGUUACGUUUAAGAAAGAGAAAACCCAAAGGCCUUCGGACACAGACCGCCUUGUGGGCUCAGCAUUCCUUGAUCUGUCCUCUCUUGGAAAGAUAUCCAAGAAGAAGCUGACACUGAGUGGGGUGUAUCCACUGUUCAGACGCUCAGCUGCAGAUCUGCAGGGUGCUGCCCUCAGAGUGCACAUCACCCUCUCAGUGGGUUCUGUCAUAAGGGAGGCAUCUGCUGUAGCCGACGUCCAGGUAGACUCCGACAGCCAGGGGGCGCUGUUAUCUGAAGAGGUAGAGACUGAUGAUCGAGCCUCCUUGCCCACUUCACCCAAACGAUCUUGGACACAAAGAAAACAUCAGAAAAAAUCCUCCAGAACCACCAUAGACUUUACAUCUUCACCUCACAUAGACUUCAGCAUGGAUGAGUCCUUCCCUGUGACUGUCAUAGUGGACAGUGCUAUGCACCUAAAUCUGAAAGGAUGUCCUCUUACAGACCGCAGUGAAGGGGCGCCAUGCUGUUGUGUUUCAUAUGUCACUGUGGACUCUGCUGAACCAGUGUCCACAGAUGUCAUUGCUAACUGUGACUGCCCUGUGUGGGACCAUCAACAUGAGUGCAGGCUCUCAAAGGAACUUCUGACUGAUCCGCAGCAGUCUCUGGUGUUCAAAGUCUGGCACAAAGGAGAAAUUGAGAGGGUGAUUGGAUUUGCUGCAGUAGACCUGUCUCCGUUGCUCUGUGGGUUUCAGUCAGUAUGUGGCUGGUACAACAUCACAGAUUUUAGCGGACAGUGUCAUGGCCAGCUCAAAGUGUCAGUCACACCCUUGAAGGGCAUCCACGACCUCCGGGGACAAAGAAAAUCUGUGUGUGAAGAAUCUGCCAAAACCUCAUCGGCUUCCUUCCAGGCCUUUCCUCUCAGCUACCAAACCACAGCCACAUACAGCAGCUUCCCAUCUCACAUCAGCCGUUAUCCUGAACAGAAGAUCUCAUCACCCAACCACACAGAUGAGCUGUUCUCUGAAAGAUCCUGUGAGAGUGAUCGUCAUUUCGAGCACAUGGACAAAGUUCGUCGUUAUCAUCAGACUCUGCAGGAACAAACUGCAGUUGGAGAGAUCACUCCAUCCAGCUCCAUCCUGAUGUCAACACUUAGGAAAAAACUAAGUGAGCUUGACAACAUUCAGAGAUACUUCAACCGAAAGCUCUCAACUCCCACAUUUCCAUCUGUGAGUGAUGAAGACUUUCACGCCAAGCAAGAGGAACAGAGGAACAUUGAGACAGACACAAGUCAGCUACUUCUCAAGUCCAAGCAAUUAGUUGGAGAAGUGAACACUAUAAUUAGUGGAUUACAAGAAAAAUGUCUGGAGACAAUUCCCUCCAACCCUCAGAGCAUCCUGACUUCUGUUGAUGAUGACAGCCCUCACACUGUCCUUGAGAGGAUCCCAACUCCACACAGGACUCCACACUCUCCCCAACAUGUUCUGUCUCCUCCACUGUCACCACAACCAAACAUAUUUGAAGACCGUGUAAACUCUGAGGCUGACAAAGAAAAAGAUGGGCCAAACUUCACAACUGCUCUGUCAGAGGAUGAAAACGAAGGAGGAGCAGAUGGAGAAGAUGGAUCAGUGUACAGAGGGAAUGAGGAACCUGCUCCUGAUGAUGAAGAGGAGGAGGAAAAUGAAGAUUAUGAAGAGGUUGUGGUAAAGCCCAGGCAUUUAAAUGAGCUGACGUCUUUAACAGAUAGAACCAGUCCUUGGACCAGCAUCUUGUCAGACCCUGAUCUGGUUUCUUUGGAAAACCUGGACGAACCAGAAGAGCCAGACCUGAACCAAGGUGAGGAAGACAAACAUCAGCAGACAGUAAAUCUUGACAUUCAGGGGUCUAGUGGAAAAUGCACAUGUAGAGAACACAGCGAAGAGGAAGGUGGACGCCAUCAAACUGUAUCAGGAAGUGACGCCUCAGACACAGAGAGUGAUGAAACAGAGGAAGAAACAGAGCUCAGCAGCGCCACCAAGGGGUUAGGUGAUACGUGUUUAUCACCCACACAGGAGCCCCCCAGUGAAAGCCAUGAUGUUUCAUCUUCCCUGCACAGUGAAGACUCACAGCUUCAACUCUCCGUUCUUGGGGAAGUCCCAAAUUUCUUCCUUCCAUCUCACCAACUGGAGGCGUCAAUGAGAGCGAUACGUUUGGCACCUUCUUUCUCUCAGUCGUCUAGUGACCUGGGACAGAGCCAUCCAGGUCAAAGCAUUCUGACCACUAGAGGCCCUCGACAGCGCCCCAACAUGUCGCCAUCAUCCAUGAAGAAAGAGACUGAGAGAAUAGCAAAAAUAUUUUCAGCUCAUUGUAAUGAGGGUCCUUAACAGUCAGGUGUUUUAGUUUACUUAACUUUUGUGACUUAUUCCUAUGGUUUACAAGUUUUAGAUCAAGAAAAGAUCAUGUAAAUUAAGUGUAACAUUUUGUAUUUUUUAUAAAUAAAUAUUUACUGUGUUUUUUCAA